ACGCUCUCGAGCCAGAACCACGGCAAGCCAGUGUACAAGAAGGACACCCAGGUGAAUAAUUUGGACGUGAUGCUCUACUUCUGGGACCAGCGCGACGGCGCCUCGUUCAGCGGAUGGUGGUUCGGCCCACAGGUGGGAGGCGACCAGGUCUGGGCAUACCACCCGAAAGACACCCCGUCGCCCCCGAAGUCGGGGUAUCAUGUGCCGUGCGACGGGCCCAUCGACACGACGAUGACCAUCGGCGCGACGUCGUCCGCGCCCGCGUCCGCGCCGCAGCAGGCGCAACCGGCGCAGCAGGCGCAGCAGCAGCAGCCUUGGUCGGCACCCUGGUCGCCGCCCAAGGGCGGCAAAGACAGCAAGGGCAAGGGCGGCAAAGACAGCAAGGGCUCCAAGGACUUUGGCAAGGGCUUCUCCAAAGACAGCGGCAAGAGCAAGGGCGGCAAGGACAGCAAGGGCAAGGGGAAGGGCAAGGACGAUAAGGGCGGCAAGGGCAAGGGGAAGAGCGGGGGCAAAGGAGGAGGCGAUUGGGGAGGCGGCUGGGAUGCGCUGGCCACGAUGAUGGGCCAGAUGCAGGAGGAGUGGAAGAAGAAGGCCGAGGAGGACAAGAAAAAGGCCGAGGAGGAGUCGGCCAAGAGAAAGAGCGAGCAGGGUGCCGCAAUGAACAUUCGCAGGGUGAUCCAGAAAGUGAGGGGAGCCACGGAGGAGGGCCUAGAGCCCCUCAAGAAGGAGCUGGACGAGAUCUUGUCCCAGGAGCUGGAGACAUGCGGCUCCAUGAAGACCAAACUCAAGGAAGAGGCUGAGCAGAGCGUCAUGCAAACCGUCAUGCGCAUCGAGGCGACCAAGAAAGCCAUGGCUGAGGCCGAGGAGAAGCGCAAGGAACUCCAGGACAAGGCAGAGAAAGUUCUGAAAGAAAUGGCCAGCCUGGUCGCGGACGCGGAGAUGGAAGCACAGGCAGUGAAGGAGGCGGGGGAGCCCCUGACUGCGGACGGCGCCGACCUGGAGGACACCAAAGAAGCCGCGGAGGCGGUGGGCAAGGCCGGCGAGGAGGCGAAGGCAAAACUGAAGAUUUGCACUGAUUUCUCCAAGGAGAACGGCAAGAACAUGCACGUGCCCCAGGUGGCGGGCGGCACUGACAACCUGGUCGAGUGGGGAAAGCUCCUGACCAGAACGAAAGAGCUUGCCCGCGAGACGGACCAAGCCAUGAAGCAGGCGGCCGCCGCGAAGGUGAGUGCCGAGAAGAAGUCCGAGGCGAUCAAGAAAAUGAAAGCGUGGACGGAUGUAUUUGACAAGUACGACAAGAAAAAGAGUGGAUAUUUGAGCAAGGCAAACGUGAAGAGCUAUGCUCAGGCUGUCUUACAGUUCAAGAUCCAAGACGGCCCCCUCGAGGAGAUUUUCGCUGCAUUGUCAGAUGAUCCGAAGGGGAUUGCAAAAGAUGCAGAGCAACUCUUGCGGCUCAAGAUUGCCAUCGGUUGCGCCCGCGAGAAAGUCGAGGACGACAUGCUCCGAAAGGAGAGGGAAGAGAAGGAGAAGAUGCUGGCAGAGAUGAAGGCCGAGCUGCAGGAGAAGGCGAACGGGGUGCUGCAGGUGAUUACCAGGUCCGAGGGCCUCGUCGCGACGGCAGAAAAAGCCACCCUGCCACUGCCCGCCAAAGCGAAGGAGCUCUCAUCGACAGACAUGCUCCAGCUGUCGGACGAGGUCGAGGCGGCGAUCAAGGAGGCGAAGGCCGACAUCGCAGAGGCGACGUCGGCGCUGGAGGGGCUCAAGGAGGACGUCGACGAGGCCCUCAAGACAUGGCUGCUCGUCGAAGUGAACAAGCUGCACGCGAAGACGGUGGGAUGGGAGCCGCGCCUCGCCAAAGCCACAAGUAGCUGCAGCACCUUCCGUGACAAGGCGAAGAACAAGGAGCGGGAAGAGCUGGAGGCCCUGGAGGUGCAGGCGAUUGGCAUGAUCAGGUACCACCAGCAGGAGGAGAAAUUAUCGAAAGAGCAGAUGUUCGAACAGUUCGAUGCUGACAAGGAUGGGUCGGUGAGCGAGGCCGACUUCAUCAAAUUCUUCACUGCUUGCAAGAAGGAUGAAGCCAAGAACGAGGACGGCACCACGCCGCCCAAGAAGGAUCCUCCGUCUGAGGAGGCGUUGAAGAGGGUAUUCAAACAGCUCGACGAGGACGAGGAGGGGUCUCUCAGCAAGGAGAGGCUGGGCGUCAUCGUCCGCAGGCUGAUGAAGGUCGCCUCCGAGACUGCGAUCUCCUCGGGAAUGAGCAUCAAGGACAAGGAGAGCAAGACGGUGCGGCGCCUGGAGCUGGACGAGGUGGUGGACGUGCUGGAGGGCCCCAUCGAGGACGAGACGGCAGGGGUGCUGCGCGUCCGAGCGAAGGCGAUGAAGGACGGCGCCGAGGGGUGGAUCUCUCUGAAGGGCAACAAGGGCACGGACUACCUGGUGGACGGAGGCUUCCUGUUCAAAGUCGUCAAGGACACGAUAAUGACUGCCGCCUUCGAGCUGGACGCCCCGGUGGACAAGAACAAGAAGGACCCGACCAGGAAGUUGAAGGAAGGAGAGCUCCUCGAGGUGAGGGAGUGGCCCAAGCUCGAGGAGAAGUCCAACCUCACCAGGAUGAAGUGCAAGGCGAAGUCGGAUGGUUUGGUCGGAUGGGUUACCACCGUCGGCAACGCGGGCACGGUAUUCGUUUCUAUGGUGUGAUGUUGGCCCGCGUCGGACGGAGUGCGCGGCGUCCAUCGCUAAAAAGAUCUCGCACCCAUGUUAGGCCGUAUUGGGCACGAUGUGGAGGUAUGGGUUGGGUCAGUCUUUACAUUGUAAUUGCAUGUUUGACGGCGUGCGCUUCGGGGUCAUUCUGCUCAAAGCUUACCUGCGCACUCAUGUCAUGUCGUGCCACACAGGGGUCGCAUGCUCCUGACCGCCUCAGCCUGUGCGCCAGCGUUUGGCGUUCAAAUCCUGACAUCCGGGCACAUGGCGCGCCGCGAGCAGGAAGACGCCCCUGCUUGCUGUCCGCCGUCGCCGCCAGACCGCCGUCUCGCUCAAGGAGGCCUCCGUCAGUCCCAAGCAGCCUUGGCUCGGACGUACACGCCGCCUCGAGAGCUACAGACCACUCGCGCCAUGCGCGGCUACCUGCGGAGCUACCACUCGCGCCUGCGCC